UUCCAUCCAUGAAUUCUCCUCCUCCGCGGCCGCCGCCAUCAAUUUCUCCGGCAAUAGGUGAAUCACCUCUUGAUAAUUCUCAUCGUGAGGCCAUGGAUGGGACGCCUGCUUCAGUUGAGCAUGCAGAUUUAUACAGCUUUGGAAUGAAAGAAUUGAUGAAGGAAGGAAAGAAGCAGGUGGGAUUGGCUAUACCUCUGAUAAUAGUAAACAUGCUUCUCCACUUUGUACAAGUCAUUUCUUUGAUGUUUGUUGGUCACCUCGGUGAAUUGCAACUCUCCUCCGCUUCCAUGGCCACUUCUUUCGCUGCAGUCACCGGCUUCAGCGUCUUGCUAGGAAUGGUGAGCGCUUUAGAAACUCUUUGUGGCCAAGCCUAUGGCGCCAAGCAGUACCAAAUGCUCGGUGUUUACACUCAACGCGCUGCUCUGGUCGUUCUAGCCUUGAGCGUUGGCCUUGCAGUUGUGUGGUACAACACCGCCUUCAUUCUAAUGUUCUUAGGUCAAAAUCACAAAAUCUCUGCAGGAGCCGGCGAGUUCAACCGUUGGAUGAUACCCGGCCUCUUCGCCUAUGGCAUCCUCCAAUGCCUCAUCAGGUUCCUGCAGACACAGAACAUUGUGUAUCCGAUGAUGGUGACCUCUGCAGUUUCGGGCGCGUUCCAUGUCUUCCUGUGUUGGCUGCUUGUGUUCAAACUCGAGUUUGGAAGCCGAGGGGCUGCAUUGGCGAAUGCUGCCUCGUACUGGUUCAACGUGGUGCUGCUGGCGUUGUAUGUCUGCUUCUCCACAGCUUGCAAAAAGUGUUUCACUGGUUUUUCAAGAGAGGCUUUUCGUGAUAUGGUUGCGUUUCUGAAGCUUGCAGUUCCUUCCGCUCUGAUGAUAUGCUUGGAAUACUGGUCAUUUGAAUUGGUUGUUCUUCUAUCCGGUCUUCUCCCAAACCCGACGUUAGAGACAUCAGUAUUGUCGAUAAGCCUGAAUACCUGCUGGAUGGUGUAUAUGAUAUCUGUUGGUCUCGGAGGUGCAGUGAGCACAAGAGUGGCGAACGAACUGGGAGCUGGCAAUGGAGGGUACGCUCGUCUUGCUGUGAUUGCAGCAGCAUCGAUUGCAGCCUCAGAAGGAGCGGUCAUCGCAGCAGUAACACUGUUAGUCCGGAAUGUGUGGGGAAAGCUGUACAGCAAAGAAAAGGAAGUGAUCAUAUACGUGGCGAGAAUCUUGCCUCUGCUGGCAGUAUCAAACUUUUUGGAUGGUUUCCAGUGUGUGCUAUCAGGAGCUGCUAGAGGGUGUGGAUGGCAAACUGUGUGUGCGGUCGUCAACCUCGGGGCUUACUAUGUAGUAGCCAUUCCUUGUGCUGCGCUGCUUGCCUUCGUCUUUCACCUCGGGGGCAUGGGGCUUUGGAUCGGGAUCAUAUGCGGACUUUCUGUUCAAGCUCUCAUUUUGAUCGUCAUAAAUUUGCGGACUAAUUGGAAUGAUGAGGUGUUGAAGGCUGCCAAAUUGAAUUGAAGAAACUUGGGAAUGGCUUCACAGGGCACGUUUGGUGAGCACGUUGAGAUUUGGUAGAUAAGAUUAUCCUCUGAUUAAGAUGUAAAAUGACAUCGUUGCCAUUAUUUAAAAUAAUACUACUACUCCA